GCCCUGGAGCUGCUGCUGCUGCUGCUGCUGCUGCCGCUUUUGCUUUUGGGGCUGAGUUUAAUAAGCGAGCGAGCGAGCGAGCAAGCGAACGCGGGGGGAAAAAGGCAGAGAAUGUCCGCCAUCUACCCUCCGCUCCUGGGCGCGCUCUCAUUCAUAGCAGCCUCUUCAUGAAUUACAGCUGAGGGGGGCGGGGGAGGGGGGUACCACACAACACCCCAGCAAACCUCCGGGCCCCCAGGCAUGGCUAGCUCGCCACCGCCGCCGCCGGGAGCCGCGGGCACAGUCCGGGGACGCGGCGAGCAGCCUCGCCGGCCGCUACGAUGUGUGCCGUGCAGGUGAAGCUGGAGCUGGGGCACCGCGCCCAGGUGAGGAAAAAACCCACCGUGGAGGGCUUCACCCACGACUGGAUGGUGUUUGUGCGCGGCCCGGAGCACAGUAACAUACAGCACUUUGUGGAGAAAGUCGUCUUCCACUUGCACGAAAGCUUUCCUAGGCCAAAAAGAGUGUGCAAAGAUCCACCUUACAAAGUAGAAGAAUCUGGGUAUGCUGGUUUCAUUUUGCCAAUUGAGGUUUAUUUUAAAAACAAGGAAGAACCUAAGAAAGUUCGCUUUGAUUAUGACUUAUUCCUGCAUCUUGAAGGCCAUCCACCAGUGAAUCACCUCCGCUGUGAAAAGCUGACUUUCAACAACCCCACAGAGGAGUUCAGGAGAAAGUUGCUGAAGGCAGGAGGGGACCCUAACAGGAGUAUCCAUACCAGCAGCAGCAGCAGCAGCAGCAGUUGUAGCAGCAGCAGCAGCAGCAGCAGCAGCAGCAGUAGCAGCAGCAGCAGCAGCAGUAGCAGCAGCAGCAGCAGCAGCAGCAGCAGCAGUUUUUCCAAGCCUCACAAGUUAAUGAAGGAGCACAAGGAGAAACCUUCUAAAGACUCCAGAGAACAUAAAAGUGCCUUCAAAGAACCUUCCAGGGAUCACAACAAAUCUUCCAAAGAAUCCUCUAAGAAACCCAAAGAAAAUAAACCCCUGAAAGAAGAAAAAAUCGUUCCUAAGAUGGCCUUCAAGGAACCGAAACCCAUGUCAAAAGAGCCAAAACCGGACAGUAACGUACUCACCAUCACCAGUGGACAGCAAGAUAAGAAGGCUCCUAGUAAAAGACCCCCCAUUUCAGAUUCCGAAGAACUCUCAGCCAAAAAAAGGAAAAAGAGUAGCUCGGAGGCUUUAUUUAAAAGUUUUUCUAACGCGCCGCCGCUGAUACUCACUUGUUCCGCUGAUAAAAAACAGAUAAAAGAUAAAGCUCAUGUCAAGAUGGGAAAGGUCAAAAUUGAAAGUGAGACGUCAGAGAAGAAGAAAUCAACUUUACCGCCAUUUGAUGAUGUUGUGGACCCCAAUGAUUCCGACGUGGAGGAGAAUAUGUCCUCGAAAUCUGAUUCUGAACAACCCAGUCCUGCCAGUUCCAGCUCCAGCUCCAGCUCCAGCUUCACACCGUCCCAGACCAGGCAACAAGGCCCUUUAAGGUCUAUAAUGAAAGAUCUGCACUCGGAUGACAAUGAGGAGGAGUCGGAUGAGGCAGAGGAUAACGGCAAUGACUCCGAGAUGGAGAGACCUGUAAAUAGAGGAGGCAGCCGAAGUCGCAGAGUCAGCUUAAGUGAUGGCAGCGAUAGUGAAAGCAGUUCUGCUUCCUCACCCCUCCAUCACGAACCCCCGCCACCCUUAUUAAAAACCAACAACAACCAGAUUCUUGAAGUGAAAAGUCCAAUAAAACAAAGCAAAUCAGAUAAGCAAAUAAAGAAUGGUGAAUGUGACAAGGCAUACCUAGAUGAACUGGUAGAGCUUCACAGAAGGUUGAUGACACUGAGGGAAAGACACAUUCUGCAACAGAUUGUGAACCUUAUAGAAGAAACUGGACACUUUCAUAUCACAAACACAACAUUUGAUUUUGACCUUUGCUCGCUGGACAAAACCACAGUCCGUAAACUACAGAGUUACCUGGAAACAUCUGGAACAUCCUGAGGAUACAACAACUGGAUGCAUCAAAAACUAUGGGUUUUUUUUUUUUUUUUUUUUUUUUUGGUUGUGAUUUUUUUUUUCUUGUUUGUUUAUAUGAAAACACUCAGAAUGAUGCAACCAAAAGGGAAAAAAUAAAAAGCAAACAACCUUCAGCUUUAUUUUUCUUUAAAGCCAGUCAUCAUCUCUUGAUAAAGGAGAGGUUAAGCAAACCAGCCUCAGCGGACCACUCUUCUCUCCAAGGAAAUCCCCGGGAAGAGUUAGCCUGGAUAGCCUUGAAAACAAACAGAUCAAACACAACACGAGAAAACUUAAAGAAUGUGUAUGGUAUCAUGUAUCUCUCUCUGUGGUGGUUCAUUCCACAGGACGAAUGCAUAUUCAACACACUGCCUUAUUACAUAACUGAUCUAUUUAUUAUCGCAUACAGAUAUUCUAGAGUCGUUGAGGGAAUGACACCACAAGACAUUCUAAGUACUUGGUCCCGUGGAUGCUCUUUCAAUGCAGCGCCCUUGCCAUCCCAAGCCCAGUGACCUUACUUGUAUACCAUGCCGCUCUCCGCCAACUUUUUCCAAGUCCCUUAACUCGUUGCAGUCUGUAUUUUCCACCUUGUUUUUCCAGUUCCAGGACACAAAUGAUCAACUGGGGGGACCAAACACCACCCUGAUUUUCUUCUUUGUGGUCUUUUUCCUGAAAGUUGGGGCCCAGUCCUUGGCUGUAUCCAUAUAAUGACCUUGGACCAUGGUAGAAAACGCACCAAAUAGGAUCAUAUGACUUGCUGUCUAGCCUUAGUCAAUAAACCUGUAGGACUUUUAAACAAAUGUGUACCUGUAAGCGUCCUGCAUCCAACAUUGUUGAGCUGUCAUCAACAUCCUUGUGUCUGUUUCAUUGUUAGGAUAUUAGAUAAAUUGGAAGUGAAUGCAUCCCACAGGAUCAUCAUGUUUAAGAAAGGAAUUCUGCUUCUGUUUUCUAAAGAAAUGGUGUAGAAAUUCUUAAUUUGGAUCUAUUUAUUAAGAGUUUCAGCUUUCUUCAGCUGCCAGUGUGUUACCCCUCUUUACCGUAAAACCUGGAAUAAGAGAUUUUUGUUUGUUCACAUAUGAUCCUCUUAGACUUUUAUAUUUGAAAAAUUAAAGUCUUUCUUUGGGUAAAAUUCUUGGUUAUUCUGCCAUAACAGAUUAUGUAUUAACCUGUAGAUUCAGUGGUUCGAUACCUGUUUAGUCACUUGCUUAUGUCUCCAGAAGGAUUUCUUGUAUUGGUGAAAAUAAAGAUGGUUGGGGGGGGGAUAUUUUUGUUCUUGAUGUACCCUGUUUUGAAACUAGAAAUCUGUCCUGUGGCAUGCAAAAGAAAGCAAAUUAUUUUUAAAA